AUGGGGAACGUUCCAGGAAAACUAGAAAACGAAAAUGCAGUGAGAUUCAAUCGCUCCCUGAGCACUUCAUCUGCUCUUCCGAGUAGCAGGACUAUUAGUGGUGGACCAAAUGGGAGUAGAAAGACACGGACGUCGUCAAUGGUUGGAAAUAUCUUGACCGCUGGACGGCGUUCGGAGUCUUCCGAAAGCCUCAGCGGAGCAAAUCCUUACAAACGCAAGUCUACUAAGGAAAAAGAGCGACUAAAGGAACGACAUGUUAAGGACUUGACAGUGAAAUACCAGGAGACAGUGGACGGUGGAUUUUUGGCUCCGUACGGAUCCAGUAGUCUGGAAAAAGUGGAUUACGACGCGAGCGUCGUGAAAAGCCUCAUUGUAGAAAGACGGCUUGCCCCUUUCUAUGCACCUUUGCAGGACUUCGACGAGAGCUGGAGCCGUGAGGAAUUGAUCAAGAUCGUUGACGGUCUCCCCUUGCAUGCGCCCUUCAACGAAGACCUGGAGGCCUUCGAUGGCGUUCCAAUCGGAGACUUGUCGCAGAGCGACUUUGAAUACUUGAUAGACAAGUCUCUGUCUCGUCGCGAGCAGCGCCGGCAGCGAAGCAAGAUUUUUAAUGCGCGACUGUAUCAGAAGCGCAUACUAUGGCAGGAGAGGGAAAACGAGAAAUUCCUUGAAACCAAGCUCGAAGCCAAGAGAGCCGUUGACGGGCAGCGCUUCUCAAGUUUGCCUAGUGGUGAUUUGAAAUUUGACCUAUAUCGCACGGGUGCCGAAUGUCCUAUUUGCUUCCUAUACUAUCCACAGCCCCUCAAUGUAUCACGGUGUUGUUUGCAGCUAAUCUGCAGUGAAUGCUUUGUUCAGAUUAAGAGAGCUGAGCCCCAUUUCCCCCAUGAUCAAGACGACAGUUCUACACCCGCGGACGAUUCUGAAAGAGACCCAAAUUUGCUGACAUCUGAGCCUACAAAUUGUCCUUACUGUGCAACUCCGGAUUUUGGGAUCACAUACCAACCUGUUGUGACUAGAAGAGUUGGACUACAGGGCAGCGUGCCUCUAACAUACAAGCACGUGACUGAUAGUGAGGAUCCAGAACAGAAAGAAGCGACGCGCCGGGGUUCAUUGGCCGCCUCGGAUCGCCAGGUAGUUACUUCCGACUCGCUUCGUCCGGACUGGCAAAUAAAGCUCAACAAAGAGCGUAUGCGUCUGGCUAGAAGAUCCGCAAACGCUACGGCCAUUCACGUCAGCCAUCAAUUAGUAGCGCCCAGUCAUCAGGAAAGUUCAAGUCUCAGAUCACACACCACCUCGCGCUCUCCACCUCAUCCGGAACCGAUAAAUCGUGCUGAAGUUAAUACUGGUAGAUGGCCAUCCACCGCCACAGCGGCCGAAAUUGAGAAUGAAAUGAUCGAACAAGCCAUAAAAUUGAGUUUGGCAGAAAGUAACCCCACAAAAUAG